AUGGGAGCCUUCACACCACGUGAUGUUUGUAAAAUGAGCGAGAGUCCUCUUCAAUUAUUUGAUGAUCAAGGAAAACGUAGUAUUAAUGAUAUUGGUACACCAAAUUAUAUAGAAGGAAAGCUUAGUGAUAAACGUUUUGCAACUUUGACUCUUACGGUGUUUGAUCAAGAUAAUUCUCGACUCGGACCUGUUCUUAUUUUCAAAGGUAAAGGCCAAAUAUCGUCAAGAGAGAAGAGCCAAUAUGCGCACGGUACAAAAGAUGCUCAUCCAAAGCUAUUGAUAGCUGAUAGUGCUAAUUCACAUCUUAAUCCUGAUCUUGUUCGUGAUUUACAUAAAAAACGAAUGGUGGUUGCGAUUGUACCAAAAGGCUGCACAAUCUACGUACAAAUACUUGAUGAAUAUAUUGAAAAGAAUGCAUCUAAGAGUAAAAUAAGACUUACGGCAUCACAAUCACGUAUUAUUUGCACUAGAUUUACUUGGUCUGCAUGGAUACGAACAUUGAAAAGCAUCGAUUUUCUUAAAGCCUUUCACAACAUCGGUUAUAUUUGGACAGAUAAUUCACUUGCCUCACUUCGUUCAAUGCCCGGUUAUACAUUUGAUCCAACAUCAGUUGAAUGCUUGCCGUUAAUGGAUGAUAAUUAUGAUAAUGAAGAACGCAUUGUAAAUGGUUCCUGA